GCGGUAAUGCACUUUGUUACUCCGCAAAAAGCCGACAUACAAUAGGAGUUGCUUCCGUGUGUUUUAUUACAUUUGUUUUUAAUGUUAUACUUGGUAAAAUGUCAAAAUUAGAUAUGUUACAUUCGCAUUUGUUGAAUCGGAUGUCUGCUGUCAUUCGUGAGAUCUUUGAGGAGGUGGAGGCAACAGUGAAAGAUUAUCGAGAGGAGACUGAUCGCACUCGAACGGAGAACGCAAAGCUUAAACGACAACUGAGGGAUGUUUUGAUCAGGACAGAGACACAUGUAAACGGAAAAGUCCAUCAAAUCUCUCAGCAUGUUACUGAUGAAGUUUUCCCCACAGAACUACCAGAAGGUGGGUCUGGGUACCAGAAGGAAACAGAAGACCAAGAGACUUUGCGAACAGAGGAGCAUGGCCAGAGUCCAGAUUCAUUCAGUGAUGAAAAACCAUGCUUACAAGACUUCAUUUCAUAUAGUAAAACAGGUUCAGAGGAUAUGGAGUCAGUGCAUUUAAAAGAGAGCUCCUCCAUAUCAUCUCUAUCUUCUAUGGAAGAACAGCAGCUUGUUUCUCAGGGUAAAGAUAAGAGGUGGAAUGCAAACUUGCCCACUGAUACCAUCAAGACUGAGCAAAAUGACACUAUUAUCACAAUAACAUCAUCAGUUAUUACUGCCCCUGCAGGUCAGUGUCACGGCUCAGAUACAACACACAAGCUAAGAACAGGCUGUGACACUUCAUCCACGUUGAAUAAAACACAGAGGAAAGAGCUCCAUUACACGCGACACUCCGCUACUAUAGCAGACAAACAUGAUCGCAACGGGCCGUAUAAGUGUAACAAAUGUGGAAGGCUGUUAAAGGACUUGACAAAACUGCAGUUGCACAGGAAAUUGCAUGAAAGAUCCUUCAGCUGUCACUGGUGUGGCAGAGACUUUUCUAAGUUUGAUUAUCUUCGCAUGCAUAUGCGCACGCACACGGGAGAGCGGCCAUAUCGCUGUAACUGGUGCUCAAAGACCUUCACUCAGUGUGGCAACAUGAGGAGACAUGAGCGCACAUGUCAGAUGUUUACUAAAGAAGCAACAGCAUACGCACAAGAAGAUAGACCACUUCUUAAGUUGUGACAAGUUUUGGAAGCUAAAUGUUGCAGGAUCACAGCAUGUUUGCCUCAAUACUCAUCUGAAAAAGCAGUAACGUCUGUUUACUUUGACAGCUGAAAUCGGUUUUCAUCAGAUUUAUUGUUAUAUGUAUUGUUUUAUUAAGGGUUAUGAGAAUAUAACUUAUCCAACCCACUGAAAAAGGGUUCAAACAUUUCUCACACCAAAUGGCAGGAUUUUUAGGUGUUUUCAGACCAGAGCCUUUGUUUUGGAAACUGGUGCGUUUUCUCCCUUGGUUUGAUUCGUUUAGGCUGACAUGAACACGUCAGUCGUGCUUAGAUCCGCACCAAAACAAACUUGCAAACUACUCUGGAGCAUUUCGGUGUAAUUGUAAAGGCUCUCUUAUUGCUUUUUUAAUAGUGCUGGGCAAAGAUUAAUCGCGAUUAAUCGCAUACAAAUAAAAGUAUUUUUUUUGCACAAGAUAUUAGUGUGUGCUGUGUGUUGUUAUUAUUAUGUAUAUAUAAAUACACACACAUUCAUGUAUUUAAGAAACAUAUAUAUAUUUAUUAAUAUUUUGAUAAAUUCUAUAUUAUAUAUAAACAAAAAAAUGGAUAUAUAAAUAAAAUAUUUAUUAUUAAAUAUUUCUGAAAUGUAUAUAUGUAUGUGUCUGUGUUUUAUGUAAUUACAUGAUUAUUACACACAGCACAGACACAUGUAUUGUGCAAAAAUGCACUUUUAUUUUGUAUGCGAUUAAUUGCGAUUAAUCUUUGCCCAGCACUAUUUUUUUUAACCAUGAACAUAACUGAUAUAUGAAAUUGCAACAUUAUAGCCAUCUAACCACUGGGUUGAACAAAGCAAUCGAUCUACAGGUCUAAAAACACCCUGUUGACUGACACAUAAAUAAGAGCAGUGCACAUUUGUAUAUAUAUUUAUAUAGUAGACUCCGACAAAGGGUUUACUUAAAAAAAAAACACACAGCAACUGUGUCUCAUUUAAGAUGGUGUCAUGCAUUUUGUGUAGUUUGAACACAUGUUAAAGCUGAUAUUUUUGUGUGCAACAACAAAUAAACAUAGUUUGAACCAGUCCCUGUAUCUCAAUUUUGCCCUGGGGCAGUAGUGGACCAGUGAAUCUGAAAAAAAUGUAUGCUUAUAGGGAAACCCAGUUAAUAUUAUCAUAUCAGAUGUUUUACAUUCGUACAGAUUAACACUAGAUAUUUGUUUAUGUCUGAUGCUUAAUUUCAAUAUAUGCCUACAUUUUCUACCAACUAUCCCAGUACAUUUACAGAGAAAUAAUUUGUAGUAAUGACAUUACACCUGAUCACCGACAGAGCACAACAAAAACAUAUUAUUUUGUUCAAUUUCACACAUAUGUCUCUAUUUAGAAUAUAGGAUGUGUAUUUUAGGCACAGCAGUUGUAGUGGCAAAAAGUCUUAGCUUGAAUCUUCAUAAGAAAAAUACUCAGGAGACAAAGGUUCCAGGUGCAAAACAAAAAUUACUUUAUUCGCUCGAGCCAACAAAGUGAGACAAUCAACACCCCUCAAAGAGGUGCUCAAAGAUCAUCUGCCCUCCCAACAUCUGACUCCACUUUUAUUCAGUAAGAUCAAACACUUCUUAUCUGAGAUGACGUACAUUCUUCUCAUUGGUCUCGGCCUGCCACAAUUAAUUUAUUUGUUUGAUGUAGCAGAAGGGCAACUGAAUCCUUCCUCAUAUCUAAAAUGAUAUAUUCUGCUUAUUGGUUAUCAUGGCCUUGGCUUUCCCUGACACAACCAACUUAUUGUUAAUGUGGCUUAGUAUGACACCGGACGAAUUCUCUAAUCUAAAAUGACGUACUCUUGUUUAUCAGUUGUUUUGACCUUGUUUCUCAAACUAAUCGUGGCGAGAUCAAUCGGGGUAUAGUCGCAGGAUCGCACCUGGGCUCUUUUAAUUAGGAAAAGAAAGUUUAACUGGGUGUCAUUACAGCCUUGUGUAGAAACAACAGGCCUUAGGCCUAAUAUAAUAUUAAUACAGUAUUUGAUCAGUAAUAUACCCAACAGAAACUACUAUAUAUUUUCAUGUGUUAUCAAUAUACAAAACAAGAUGUAGUUCAUAUCAAAACAUUGCACUUAAUUAGAAACAACAUAUUGUCAUCUUUUCCUUUUGAUAAUGGCUUUGUCAUGUAUUUUUGCAAUGCAUCAAAUUUCUCCCAGGGUACUGAUAUAUGAUUUUAAGUUUACCAACCACUUAUAAGGAUUAAUAUCCCUUAUAAAAAACACAAAUUGUGAUCAUACUACUGUAAAGCGUUAUUCAUCACAUUGUAUAUGUCAAUAUCAUGUAA